UCCCUACCAUCACAGGAAGAUUAGCAGUUGAAGCACCGACGGCACCUGGGAUCUCUCCGGCUGGACACAUCCCUGUUUCGAAUCUUCGCUCAGCGUGGUGAACUCGGCAAAGCAUCAUGGGGCUGGAUCUCAAGACCCUACAGAUGUGCUUCCUCUUCCUCUUCUGGGGCUGGGCGACCCUUUCACAGGGGACAAAACUUCCUGGGCCAUGUGUGAGAAUUUCGACUUGCACAGUCCUGGAUGUUGCCAAACAAUCCAUGUCGGAAAGCAACAUCCUCGAACAAUUGGCCGAGGCUGCCACAAAGAACCAAGGAGGUAACAAAGCGAUCAAAGGCAUCAAAGGGCUGAAAGUGAAAGAUAUUCAACCUCCCAACAUCACUAUUGGAUAUAUAGAAAAGAAGGGAAUGUGCUUGUCAGUCGUUUCACAGAUUACAAUUGCUGGGAAAAGCUUUAUAGGUGGCACGAUGGAAAUCACUGUGCGUUCCAACAUGACAACAGAAAACAAAAUGAUCAUUGAGAAUAAGAAAUUGAUGUUUAAAGUGGAACGUUGUACCGUACAACUGAUUAGCUGUAAAACCAACCUUCCCAGCAGCAUGCUUCCCAAGAUAGUGAAUAAAUUUCUGAACUCUACCCUUCAGAAAGUGAUGCCUGGCAUGAUGUGCCCGGCAGCUGAAAAAGUGGGUGAUGCCAUGAAGCAAAGAACAGAUGAAAUGUGGGCGGAACGCCAGUGUGGCAGUCUAGGAACGGUCCAAUAUUCCAUUAAUAGCAACCCCAAAAUAACUUCAAAUCACGCAAUUAUAUGUUUUGAGGCUGAGGUUAAGAAAGCCGACGGAGAAGAAAUCGAAAGCCCCACUGGGUUAGUACCUUUGGCUCAUUCAGAUAUGCCAGAACUGGGAGACAGGAACUCUGAUUUCCUCCUUCCGGUAGGGUUCCUGGAUUUGUUUAUGGAGUUGUACAAAGCCUCUCUGAACCAAGAUAUUUCCAGUGACACGAUGGGCGGUGGUCCCGUGUUAAGUAGUGCUGCGAUGAAAGAAAAAGUACCUUCGGAACUCAAGAAAAAGCAGUUUGCUGUCAGAGGCAUGGUGAAGGGGGAGAAGGGGGCUCUUGCCCUGGGAACCAGUAUAGAACAGCAACCUCUUCAUCAGUGUGAUAAUUAA